CAGGCGUCGGAUGCGAUGUGGAUGAUUAUGCUUGCCAAUGUGAAGCAGAUGCUCAGGCCAGCCUCUCUCAGCUCCUUGUGCCUUGCGUUGCCACUGCCUGCGACUCCGGGGAUUUACCUGCAGUUAUCACUGGAGCAAGUGCCGUUUGCGCCUGCGCGACUGCUCCGGCUGCUGGGGGCGAUUGCGGAGGAUCUGAGCCAACAAAGACAGGAGACUCCUCGAAGCCCACUGGCAGCGGAAAUGAGGGCUCAACUUGUGUUGCCGGACCUCUCACGUCGGCAGACUGUGCACCUAUUGCAUCCUCAGCUGUUCCUUCGUGCGCCCACGCUUGUUUCUCCUCGGCGGCACCUGGUGUUGGCUGUGGUGUUGAUGACUAUGCUUGCCAGUGCGAGGAGAAGGCUCAAGCCAGCCUUUCUGAGCUACUCGUGCCAUGUGUUGCUACAGCCUGCGACUCUGAUCAACUAGCUGGUGUUAUUGCCGGUGCUAGCUCUGUGUGUGCUUGUGCUACUGCUCCUGCUUCCGGCGGCAAUGACUGUGGAUCUGGCGGUAGCGGAUCUGGAGGCAGCGGAUCUGGCGGUAGUGAUACCACUUGCGUUACUGUCACCAAGUCUGGAAGCGGUGGAGAGGUCACCAAGUCUACUUCAUGCUACCGCGCACCGGGCGGCGGAACUCUGACGACGAAGUCCAGCCCAACGGCCAAGGGUGGUGAGAGUGGGACCGAAUCCGAGGCGGCUUCGCCCUCUGAGACUGGGCCUGUGGUUGUCAAGGGAAGUGCCGCUCGCUUCGAGAUGGGCAUCGUUGCUGGAGUGUUCGGCGCCUUCUGGCUUGCUGCUGUCGCCUUGUAGAUGCCGAGAGAUGUUAGGAAUGAAUGCUUGGCCUUUAC